AUGGCUACAUUUCGCCGAUUUCGACCCGACGACGUGAACAAGUUCUCAAAGUGCAACCUCGAUCCGCUUACCGAAACAUACGAGCUCAACUUCUAUCUUCAAUAUCAUGCAAAAUGGCCGUCACUCUUCCAGGUUUGCGAGGACAUUGAUGGGAAUAUCGUCGGAUACAUCAUGGGAAAGGUUGAAUCCUCGCCAGACGCCUACAAAUUCUCCGAGCAUUACCUACCGUGGCACGCCCACAUAACGGCCCUCACUGUUGCCCCAGAGGCGCGAAGAUCUGGCAUUGCCAAGAUUUUGACCGACCAGUUGGAAGUUGCGGCUGACGCAGAAAACGCCUGGUUCGUGGAUCUAUUCGUCCGGAGAAGCAAUGAGCGCGCCAUCAAGCUUUACAAAAGUCUGGGCUAUAGUGUUUUCCGCGUGGUCAGGGACUAUUAUGGUGACCAUGCGACUGACCCUACCCAGUCGAGCGAGGAUGCCUUCGACAUGCGCAAGCCGAUGAAGCGAGACAAGGACCAUCAACACAUUCGGGAUGACGGAGAGAACCAUGUGGUUGAUCCUGAGGAUGUGUGGUAA